GUAAAGUACGGGCUGCGGAGGAGGGGCACUACGAUAGUAGGCUGCCAGCGUGGACUACUCUCGAGUCUCGCAGAUUCAUAUUUCACACACAAAGAGUCAAUCACGCGAACAAUGUUCGACUUUUGAUUUCAAAAUACAUACGGUGGUAUAAUCUGUAUAAUAGUCGAAUUUCCUGCUAACGCUUCCUUCUUUUCUCUUUUGCAACCCCUAAGAAAUCUCUCUAAGAUGCCUGGAGUUACCGUUAAGGACGUGGAGACCCACAAGUUCGUGGUCGCCCUCGCUGACUACUUGAAGCAGUCCGGCAAGAUUGAGCAACCCAAGUGGGUUGACACCGUCAAGACCGCCACCUUCAAGGAGCUGUCCCCUUAUGAUCAGGACUGGUUCUACGUACGUUGCGCCGCUGCCGCCCGUCACAUCUACGUGCGUGCCCCCGUAGGUGUUGGAUCCAUGCGAAAGAUUUUCGGUGGAAAGAAGCGCAGAGGUUGUGCCCCUAACCACUCCCACAUUGGUUCCGCUUCCGUAGCCCGCGCCGUGCUCAAGCAGCUGGAUAGCAUUGGUAUCACCGAGGCUCACGCCAACGGUGGUCGCGUUAUCUCGUCCGAGGGUCGCAGAGAUUUGGACCGUAUCGCUGGCCAGGUUGUUGAAAGCGCCCAAUAAACUAGAUAACGUAAUUAAAUAUGUUAUUUGGGUUAGGAUUCUUUGUGUAUUUAUGGUGUUGUCUUUUGUUCGAGAUUUUGGGGUUUCUUUUGUAUAAUAGGUUCAGAGUUUGCGCUUAUAACGUUCUGAUUUCGACUUGCGUUGGUUCGUGAAGAAAACUAUGGAAUUACCGGCUGAGAUUCUUUCUUACUCAUUGAAUCGUUGGAUGAGAAUUGGCUGUCUGAAACCAACGCAAAAGAAGUUGCAUGUAUUUAUUUUGUUUUCAUAAUAAUGUUUGUUGUCUGUUUUUAUUUACCGAGAUGAAGUUUAGGUCGUCGAUUGGAUUUAUGGUUCACAUUUUAUUAAAUAAUAAAGACAAAUACAAUAAAAUCUAAGGUCAUAGUCGAGGCA